UUAUUGUAUGUGUGUGUGUGUGUGUGUGUGUGUGUGUUGGGAUAUUUGAAUUACCAGAGAUGGCACAGGGCAAAGGUGAGACCUGUUGAGUCAUUUAACAUUUUCCAUAGAUGUUCAGUGGCUUAAUGGAUUAACAUUACACAGGAAAUGAAACUGACACAGGCAGAAAACAGAACCAUAUGAUCACAGGUUAUGAUGCAUCUGUAACGGAAAUACACCAUCACUCUAUUGCUCUCAUAUACAGACUUUUAAUAUUAUUGCGAACACUUUAGCGUAGCACAUAACGAACAAUCACCAUUGGUUUCACAGUGCAGCGAUUAGGUCACUGACUGAGCAGUAUUCACAUGUGAGAAGUAGCAGCGGCUGCUGAUUGUGUGUGUUGAGUCUGGAUGAGAGAUCACAGAUAAAGGCUCAUUGUGAUGAAAAGAAGCCUGCAGGUCAUUCACCUACCCAAUAAAGAGCAGCAGAUGCACACAAUUACUCUUGCUAUGACGCAGUGUUUGUGUGCGUGUGCGUGUACGUGUGCAUGUCUGUAUAUUUCCUCCAAAGACCCCUCAACAGAUCACAUGCAGGCGGCGGUGGACACAGACUCCAGCAACACUCACAGUCCAACAAGUGACCCCUGCAUCACACACACACCUGCGCUGGACAUACACUCGUGCACUGAAGAAGAGAAUGCAUCCUAAGUGACAGAGGUGGAUCAUGGCUAUGCGGAACCCUAUGGACUGGAUCAGAGAGAGCAGGGGCUCUCCUCGUCUGGUGCUUGUCAUUGUGUGUGUGGCCCUGCUGCUGGAUAACAUGCUGCUAACAGUUGUGGUUCCCAUCAUCCCAACCUUCCUGUAUGCCACAGAGCACCAGACACAAGAGCACCCGUCUGCCACCCCCUCUGAGGCUCAGCCCACCUACACCUCCAUCUUCUCUCUGUACGACAACAGCACCUACACCCUCAGCACUGCCAAUCUCACCAUCUCCUCUGGUGCUAAUGGAAGUUCAGGGCUCAACAGCAGCUCUGCUGAGCGACAUAGGUGUAAAGAGGACAGUGAGUUUUUGGAAGAGGAGAAUGUGAGGGUUGGGCUGUUGUUUGCCUCCAAAGCCCUGGUGCAGCUCAUGGUCAACCCAUUUGUGGGCCCAAUGACUAACAGGAUUGGAUAUCACAAACCGAUGUUUGCUGGGUUUGUCAUCAUGUUUGUCUCCACAAUAAUGUUUGCCUUCUCAGGGACAUACGCGCUGCUGUUUUUCGCCCGCUCAUUGCAGGGAAUUGGAUCAUCCUUUUCCUCUGUGGCAGGUCUGGGAAUGUUAGCAAGUGUGUACACAGAUGACAAUGAGAGAGGAAUUGCCAUGGGAAUCGCAUUGGGAGGACUUGCCAUGGGAGUGCUCAUUGGAGCGCCAUUUGGCAGUGUCAUGUAUGAGUUUGUUGGUAAAAGUUCUCCCUUCCUCGUCCUUGCCUUCUUGGCUGUGUUUGAUGGAGCCCUCCAGCUCUGCAUCCUUCAGCCCUCAAAAAUAUCUCCAGGGAGCGUGGAAGGAACACCAUUACUCACCCUGCUGAAGGAUCCCUACAUACUCAUUAGUGCAGGGUCGUUGUGCUUUGCAAACAUGGGGGUGGCUAUUUUAGAGCCCACUCUUCCCAUCUGGAUGAUGCAAACAAUGUGCUCGCCAAAAUGGCAGCUUGGUAUGGCUUUCCUACCAGCCAGUGUUUCUUACCUCAUUGGGACCAAUCUGUUUGGAGUACUGGCCAAUAAAAUGGGAAGGUGGUUGUGUUCCAUGAUCGGCAUGCUUAUAGUCGGCAUCAGCUUGCUCUGUGUUCCCUUUGCCAAAGACAUCUAUGGGCUUAUUGGUCCCAAUGGAGGGUUGGGAUUUGCUAUUGGAAUGGUUGAUUCAUCUAUGAUGGCUAUAAUGGGUUACCUAGUGGAUAUUCGCCAUAUGUCUGUCUACGGAAGUGUGUACGCUAUUGCUGAUGUUGCCCUCUGCAUGGGAUUUGCUGUUGGUCCAUCGACUGGAGGGGCCAUAGUAAGAGCCAUAGGCUUCCCCAAUCUCAUGGUGAUCAUCGGCAUUAUCAACAUCCUGUAUGCACCCCUUUGCUUCUUCCUCAAAAAUCCUGCUGUUCGGGAGGAGAAGAUGGCUAUUAUAAAUCAGGAGUGUCCAAUGCAUGUGAAGAGCUACAAUACGCAGCGCGGGUACAGGGAUUUCCCUCUGAGUGAUGAAAGUGAGGAGGACACUGAAGAGUGAUGCACAUAUAUUUAUAAAGGAACUUGCCAACAAAUCAUUAGGACCUGCAGCCCUGAUUCAAAAGAUUUGAAAUGAUUAAUAUAGCAACUUUCCCUAUCCUUCACUAUGAUCACAUUUUUGUGUACAAAUGCUUAGUGCGAAGUAAAUAUUGUUUUUGUACGCUUGUAAAGUGUUGUUUAUCCUGUUUCUUGUCACGUCAGUGGGUUUGAACGAAAUAAACAGGCCUAAUUUGACAAUUUGAUUUGAUUGUUUUCAUCAUGAUGUGCAUGUGAAGGUAGGAUUGUGCAUCAGUAAUGAAGAGAAAAUCCAUUGUGAGUGGGAUGCCAACUUCUUUUGUGCCUCUUGUGACACACGGUUAAUUUCCUUUGGAUAUGCAUCAAAUGUUAUUGAAUUUAAUGAUUGUGAUUUGCAGGGUAAAAGAGUAGGAAGUUACAGACAAAGGGAACUGAUAUAACUUCAAGUUCGACAACAAAUUUGAAACCAUAGAUAACUUAAUAACCGGUUCUUCUUGGUCAUUAUAUAAAACAGGUGCCUUUUGUGUCCCUCAUUAAUAUACAAAUACUGACAUGAACAGC